CAGCUCGGCAACAUGGCACAACCCAUGAGAACGUUCCCGGAGGCUUAUCCACAGCAGAACCCACACUAUGGGUACGACCAAGGACCGCCUGCAUACAAUCCUGCACCGUCUGCACCUCAAACACAGGUGAUCGUGAACCAGCCCGCUCCUGCGACAACCAACACUGUGUUCGUUACAACUCACGUCAAGCCGCCCAACUACAUUGCGCUGUCCAUCUUUGUGCUGCUGUGUUGCAAUUGCCCCUUGGGGAUAAUUGCUCUCGUCUUUUCAAUGUUAUCGGACAGCGACUACGGCGCCGGAGAUGUGGAGGGAGCCCGGAGCAAGGGGAAGAUAGCCAUGGGGCUAAACAUCGCUGGCAUGGUGACAACUAUCGUUGCGGUAGUCGUGGUCCUGAUUUGGUAUUUCGCGGUAUUUGCAGUAGCUGUCAAUGAAAUCAAUAACGAAACCUAACUGUUAACGUAUAGUUGCUUUGGCUUAUGUUCGCAGAAGAAGAUCUGUGCUUGAGGACUAUACUUUUCCUUUACGUAAAAUGCCUUAUUAAUGGCAAACCACUGUUCAAAAAGUUUCAUGUAAGAUUUUGUGAGAAAGCUACCUACAUCAUACUGGGUAUAUUGUUUAUAAUCAGUAUUUUAUCAAUAUCGAUUACAAACAUUGCAAUAAUGCAUGUAGUAUGAUAUUUAUUAUCAAUAUUUUCUUAAUAGCUUUUCUGUCAUUCUUUCAGUUUUUGAGUUCCCUACUCUGCUUGCGUGCUUAUUAUUAUAAUUAUAAUUAUCAUUUUGUUGAAAUAAAUUUAAUUUUCCAUUAACCCAAGGAUUAUAAAGAAAUGAUGAAUUCUAAUGAGACACCAUGGACUUUAAACUGAAAUGUAGGAUACUUUGUGAUCACCUUACUACUUUGAAGAAUUGAAUGUCGUGAAUUACACAAAACUUACAAAUGUUAAAACAAUACGAGCCAGUUCGACAUUUCCACCAUUGUUCUUAUCCACUCAUUCUUUAUACAUUGUGAUGUGGGAAAUAAAUAAGGUUAAAUAUAAAGGUGUUUGAACGAAGCAAUUCUGACUGUACAUAGAGAACUGUGGAAAAUUGUUGAAAAUGAUAUCAAAUGAAAGCGUCGACAAUCGUAAUGAGCUCCUAAUAACGUGAAGAUGUUUUGUGUUUAGUCUACCCUUCUUCUUUUCUUAGAAUCUUCAAUAACACAAAUGAUUAACAUUUUGAAUGAAAACAUGAAUCUUUUUAUAUAUUUACACAAUUGUCUUUUUUCUUUUUACUUUAUUUUUAUGCGAUUUCUGAAAUUUUGUCAAGCAAUGUGAUUACUCGUUUAAAAAGAUAUUUAAAAUAG